GAGCAAACAAUACCAAACCCAAUUCUUCUAGCUCUCUCAUCAUCCUAAGUCAACAACUCACUCCCUGCCUCUCUCUCUCUCUCUCUCUCUCUCUCUCUCGGUCUUUCUGUCUCUUGAUCAUUCUUGUUGGACUGCAUAAAAAAAACCAGAAAAAAAUGGUGCUAGAAAAGAGCCUUUCAUCAGCCAUAAACACAAAAAUUAUGGGCUCAUCAGGAAGUGAAGAAACCAUAGUUCUAGCUCAUGGGUAUGGAGGAGACCAGUCUGUGUGGGACAAAAUCGUCCCCUACUUGGCUGAGCAUUACCGAGUUGUUGUUUUUGACUGGCCUUUCUCAGGUGCUGUUAACAACAAGGACCUCUUUGAUCCUAGCAAAUAUUCUUCCUAUGAUGCUUUUGCAAAUGAUUUAAUUGCCCUCUUGGAUGAGCUCAACUUGAAAUCCACUGUCUUUGUUGGCCACUCCAUGUCUGGUAUGAUUGGAUGCAUUGCUUCCAUUAACAGACCUGACCUCUUCAAGACCCUCAUCCUCAUUGGAGCUUCUCCUAGGUACAUAAAUACAGAAGACUAUGAAGGUGGGUUGGAGAUGUCAGAUAUUACACAAAUCAUCUCAGCCAUAGAAUCCAACUAUCACAACUGGGCUGCCUACUUCGCUUCCCUUGCUGUGGACGCAAAUGACCCUCUCUCUGUCGACAAGUUUGUCAAGUGCCUGCGCAGAAUGAGGCCUGAAGUUGCGCUGGCCUUGGCCAAAACCGUCUUUUACAGCGACCAGAGAGACGUUCUUGACCAGGUUUCAACUCCAUGCACCAUCAUCAACACCUCCUCUGACAUUGUUGCUCCAAACUCGGUCGCCUUCUACAUGCAGAAGAAAAUCAAGGGAAAGUCCACUGUGGAGAUUAUAAACACCAAUGGCCAUUUCCCACAGUUGACUGCCCACCUUGAGCUUCUUGAUGUGCUGGGAAAAGUCUUGGGCCUUAAAUUUGAUCAUCAAGAUCCAGAUAUCGUUGGGGUGAAUUAAUUAGUUAGUUUUUAGUUUGCCCUUUGUUUAAUUAGGAGCUUAAUUAGGAGCUAUAUAGCUAGAAUAAUUAUAUGGUGGAAGCGACAAGACAUGGGUAUCUGUGGCAAUCGGUUAAUUACUCAAGUAGAUAAGAGUAUUCACUUUUACACUGAAAAUCCGAUGUUUUCUUCGCCUCUUCCCUAAUAUCAUUUGUGCUUCAUACCAUUCCAUGUUUGACAUGUACAAUAUUGUGUUUGGUUAUGUGUAGUAUAUAUUAGUUU